AUGAAUCAAUCAUCGAUUUUACUAUUUAUAUUAUUCACUUUCACAUGCAUCAUUGCAGGUGUAAAUUCAAUAUCAAAAGAUAUUGAAAAUCUUAUAAAAGAAGGAGAUGAUUUGUUUAAACAAAGUAGAUUUGAUUCUUCGAUCGAUAGAUACUCGAGUGCCAUCGAUAAGAUCGGUGAUGCCGCAGAGGCUGACGUGCCAACGUUGAUCAAUGUGUUGUUUAAGCGUGCCGGAAUCUACCAGACACGAAGCAAGAACACUCUGGCGUUGUCCGAUGUAAAUAGAGCACUCCAAUACAAUCCAGACAAUAUUCACGCCAAGAUAAAGCGUGCCAAGAUUCUCACUUCGAUGGGUCGUUUCGAGCAGGCUCGUGAAGACUACAACGCCGUUCUCAAAGCCAAGCCAACCAACAGCGAAGCCAAGAAGCAACUCGAGUUGAUCGAUCGUGUCAACAAGCAGCUGGUGGAAGCACGUGCACUCAUGGAGUCGAAGCGCUACCAAGACGCACUGCCCAUUCUCAACAGCAUCCUCUCGACAACCAGCGAGAUCAAAGAGAUCAAGCUGUUGCGUGCCGAGGCAUCGUAUCAUACCGGCGACUUUAAGCGAACCAUCGAAGAUACCACCUCCGUAUUGAAAUCCGAAGGUUCCAAUGUCAACGCUUUCUACUGGCGUGGCAAGGCGUUCUUUGCUAUCGGCGAGAAGGAUGCCGCCAUCAAGUAUCUGAAUGACGCACUCAAGUUUGACGCGGACAAUCAGAUGGUGAAGCAGCAACUCAAGGACUACACAAACUUUGACAAGGCAUCGAACAACGCAAAAGAAUACUUUGGACAGAACCGAUUCGAUGAGACGCUCAAGGAGAUCGAAGCCGCUCUCAAGAUAGAGUCGAGCUCGCCCAUCUACUCGGCGCCACUCUACCUGCUCAAGUGCAAAGCACUGCUCAAGACCAGAAAAGGACAGGACGCCGUCAACACCUGUACCAAGCUGAUAUCGAUCGAAGAGUCGGCCGACGCAUUCUACAAUCGUGGUGAAGCCUACAUGUAUUUGGACGACUACGACAAGGCGCUCUCUGACUUCCAGAAGGCCAGUCAGCUGCGUCCCAACGACGGAGCGAUCCACGACGGAAUCAGACGUGCCCAAAUGAAACAGAAGCAAGCGAGCAGAAAGGAUUACUACAAGAUUCUCGGUGUCGACAAAGCAGCGACCGAGCGUGAGAUCAAGAAGCAAUUCAAGCGACUCUCGGUGUUACAUCACCCGGACAAGGUCGAUCAAAACGACGAGGACGCCAAGAAGAAGUACAUCGAUAUUACAGAGGCCUACGAGGUAUUAUCGGAUCCAGAGAAACGUGAACGUUACGAUCGUGGAGAUGAUCUACAAGGUGGUGGACAACCAGGAUUCCAUCAACAACAACAAGGUUUCCCAUUCGGUUUCGGUUUUCAAGGUCACCAAGGUGGUCAUCAUGGUCAUCAUCAACAACAACAAGGUGGUUAUACAUUUAGUUUUAACUUUGGACAAUAA